CGCUGAUGACGCUAGAAAGCCGACAUCCGGCGUCUCCUUUUUUUGCUGGGUCUCGGCGGCAAGUGGUAGUGAAGAUGAGGCAGAAGCACUAUUUGGAGGCUGCGGCGCGAAACCUAGUCGAGAGCUGCCCGGGCCAGGCCCGCUAUCUCCUCUGGGCCUACAGUUCGUCACACGUUUUAGAUGACAAGAGCACUUUUGAAGAAACAUGUCCAUACUGUUUCCAGCUGUUGGUUCUGGAUAAUUCUAGAGUGCGUCUCAAACCCAAGGCCAAAUUGACACCUAGAAUACAGAAACUUCUUAAUCGAGAAGCAAGAAAUAAUACGCUCAGUUUUAAAGAAGCAAAAAUAGUCAAAAAGUAUAAAGACUCCAAAAGUGUAUUGUUGAUUACUUGUAAAACAUGCAACAGAACGGUUAAACAUCAUGGUAAAAGCAGAAGCUUUCUGUCCACAUUGAAGAGCAGUCAUACCACUCCUACAAGCAAACUCAGCCCUAAGAGACCAGAGAGACAGUCUCCAAGUUUUGCAAACUUCACUCCUAAUAUGCCUGGCUCCAAAGGCAAGAGCCCAGCAUUGAUUUUCAGAACACCUACAUCUGGACAAUCAACACCCAUUUGCUCCUCAAGGAGUGUGAAAAAAGGAAAGAAACACUUCUCUCAACUAAAAAUGUUGCUUAGUCAGAAUGAAUCCCAAAAAAAUUCAAAGGUAUAGAUGGACACAACACAAUGCCUUUAUUUUUAUGUGGUGCUGAGGAUUGAACCCGGGUCCUGGCCGUGCUAGGCAAGCGCUCUACCGCUGAGCCACAAUCCCAGUCCCUCGUACUUUCUUUUUUUAGUGGUGUCGGGGAUUGUACCCAGGUCCUCAUGCAUGCUAGGCAUGCUCACUAGCACUGAGUCAUAUACCAGCCCAACACUCUUGAUUUAGGUGAUUUACAAGGUACAGAAAUUUCCCUUUUAUAACUUUCUAUUGUUUCUGUAGUAAUAUUUUAAAUUUGCUCUAGAGAUAACUCAUUUCUAGGUCUAAAAACCGUAUCAGAACAUAAACAGUAACAGUUUUGCUACCUUAAAUCUUUCUGAAAUUUAUAAAUGUAUACACACAUAUUUUAUUAAAAUAUAAAUUAAUUUUAAUAAAAAUUUAUUAAAAUUUUAUUUUUUAAUGAUAAACUAAGAUUGUACUCCACCUGUCUUAAGCUUUUCGGAAAAGGGAACCUUUACCUGGGCAUGGCAGCACAUGGUAUAAUCUCAGCUACUUGUGAGGCUGAGGCAGAAGGAUUCUAAGUUCAAGUCCAGCCUCAGCAAUUUAGUGAGACCCUAUCUCCAAGUGAAAAAUAAAAAGGACUGGGAAUAUAGCUCAUUGGUAAAGCACCCCUGGGUUCAAGUCCAAGUACCACAAAAAGAAAACAAAGAAAGAGAACUAUUAUACACUACCAGUGGUAAUGGAAGUUGGUACAGCCAUUUGGAAAAGACUGGGAAUGUGGCUUAGUGGUAGACUGCUUGCUUAGGUUCAGUACCCAGCAUUAAAUCCCACUCUGGGUAUAUAUCCAAAGGAACUGAAAUCUAUAUGUUGCAGAGAUGUCAGCUCUCCCAUGUUUGUCGCAAGUGUUAUUCACAGUAGUCAAAAUAUGGAAAUGACCCAAGAGCCAUCAGUGGACAAAUGAAUUUUUUAAAGAUACCUUUAUUUUAUAAAGAUAUAAAGAAAGAAAGAAAGAUAUAAAUAAUCUAUUUUUAUUUAUUUAUUUAUUUAUUUUGGUACCAGGGAUUGAACUCGGGCAUUCGACCACUGAGCCACAUCCCAGCCCUAUUAUUAGAGACAGGGUCUCACCUAGUUGCUUAGUGCCUUGCAGUUGCUGAGGCUGGCUUUGAACUCUCAAUUCUCCUGUCUCAGCUUCCCAAGCCGCUGGGGUUACAGGUGUGUGCCACUGUGCCUGGCUAUUUUUAUGUGGUGCUGAGGAUUGAACCCAGGGUCUCACACAUGUUACACAAGUACUCUACCACUGAGUUAUAUCCCCAGUCCAACAAAUGGAGUUUUUGGGGGGUUGGGAGGUACUGGGGAUUGAACUCAGGGGCACUCGACCACUGAGCCACAUUCCCAGCCCUACUUUUAUUUUAUUUAAAGACAAGGUCUCUCUCUCAAAGGUCUCUGAGUUGCUUAGCACCUCACCAUUGCUGAGACUGGCUUUGAACUUGCCAUCCUCCUGUCUCAGCCUCCCAAGCCAAUGGGAUAACAAACUGCACCACCAUGACCGAACAACAAAUUGAUUUUUAAAAUAUGAAAUACAUAGUGGAAUACUAUUCAGCCUUUUAAAAGCAGGAAAUUCUAUCAUUUGCUACAACAUGCAUGAACCUGCAGGACAUGCUGCUAAGCGAAAUAAGCGGGGCACAGAGAGACAAAUCUUGUAUUUUCUCAUGUGGAUCCAAAACAGUUGAACACAGAAGUAGAGAAUAGAAUGGUGGUUACCAGAGGCUGAGAGAGAGAUUGUUCAAAGGAUACAACGUUUCAGUUAGGAUUAAGUUAAUGUAUACUUAAAAAUAACUAAAAGAUUUUAAAUAUAGUCACCACAAAGAAAUGAUAAAUAUUUGAUAUGAUGCAUGUCCAUCAGCUUGAUUUAAUCCACAGUGUACACAUGUAAUGAAACAUCACAUUGUACCCUGUGACCAUAUAUAAUUACUUGUAAGAAUAAAAUAAUAAAAUGGAUGCACAAGAACGCCAUGUUUGGUGAAUCUCAUAAGUUGUACUGAAAAAGAAAAAUAAGUAAAAAAUACUUUGAAUAUUAAUCUGGUUCCUCUCUGCUGCUUGAAAGUUUGAAACUUAAAUUUUCAUGUAUUAGGGCCUGCCUGACAAACUGAAAGGCUAAGAUUAACCAGUUGGAAAUUAUGCUAACAAGAACAAGCACCACAACAAUGGCAAACAGGGACAGGCUUUCCCUUUGUAUCCACAAACAUCUACCACUACCAUUCUUAAUUGGGCUUCUGACCACCUUAGGCUCAUAAAACACUGAAAAGCUGAGGAAGGAUUCUGCAAUGGAUAAUCUUAGGAAACAUGUGCCUCUUACUGGUCACUACUGACCAGUUGGCACUAUUUUCAAAGCUGUGAGCAACCCAUCAAACUCUUCAUUAAGUCAGAUAGCAGAGGCUGGAGUUGUUCAGUGGUAGAGCACUUGCCUAGCAUGUGUUAGUCACUGAGUUCGAUUCUUGGCACCACAUAAAAAUAAAUAAAAUAAAGGUAUUGUGUCCAUGUACAACUGAAAAAAAAGCAAUGUUUUUCAAUUCAUCUUCCAACCCUGGUCAAAUAGUGAUGACUUCCUGAAGUUCUUAUUUUAUUCAUAAGAGAAAAACAUUCAGAAUGCAUGUUUAAGGAUAUGGCAUGAGUUGAGACAUAAUGAAUACUCAAGAGUUCUUUCCCCCACCCCCAGACAGGGUCUCACUAAAUUGCCCAAGCUGUCCUCAGCCUCCAAGUCAGGCAUUAUAGGUGUUUGUGUAAGCAACUUAGCAAGACCCUGUCUCAAAAAAUAUAAAGGGUGAGGGAUAUGGUUCAGUGGUUAAGCACCCCUUGGUUCAAUUCCCAGCAUUGGAAAAAGAAAAAAAAUUAUAACUUUAAAAAUACCUGUCUAACUAUUUUUAGAUGUAUCUGAACAAGCCAAUGGCUCUGAGUCAAGUCCCUUUAUGUUUUUUGAGACAGAGUCUCACUAAGUUGCUUAGGGCCUCACUAAAUUGCCAAGGCUGGCCUUGAAUUUGCAAUCCUCUUGUCUUAGCCAAAUUGUUUUUUGAGUUAAGAUAUACGUGUUGUGUAGUAUACAUUUGGUAACUUUUAACUAUAAUCUGACUAUUAAAUACAUUGACAUUGUUGUGCA